UUCAAUGUGGAGAAGCUUACAGAUGGGUUAGCUUGCAAAACAAUAUCCAAAGUUGGAAACAGGACGGCGUGUACCCACCAGGACACGACCUGCCACGCAAACUUGACAGGCUGGGCAAGAGGAGCAUUAAUCUGAAGCAGAAAACAGAGCCAUGGUUAAGUUCAUGCUGUCCACCUUCUGCUUUCCAUGAAGCCACAACUUGACUGCAAAGACCCAGCUGUUCCUUCAACAGGAAACAUUUGAUCUUCCCCAUUGGUACGUCCAGCCUGUUCAGGGGCCAAUCACGUUGGGGCUUCGCCGCACUCAACGUCCGUGUGGACAACAGUGCAGCUGAGCUGCGCUUGGAAUCCCACGCAGAAGUGUAAAAGUGGAGACAGGUGCGUUUGCCUUGCUGGGAGUCUUUACGCUGCAGAGAAUCCUUUCCACUUUUCAAAGCAGUUCACAGGAAAACCCCUGAAUGUUUACCUUCUUCCGCACAAAUCAUAAAAAUGAGGGGAGCGACAAAAAUCGCGAGAGCUUGAGUCACUUCUGUUCAGUUUUGCCAACUUUGUGCUGCAGACCGUCCGAUCCUCUUCAACCCGAGCGGACACAGCAGCAGGAGGCGGAGGAGUGCAGAAGGAGGCUGGAUGAAGCAGGAGACGGGCAACUGAGCUUCAGCGAGCCGGGUACCCGCUUCCCCAUUCCGCAGCUGUCCCCCAAUGUCACCGGACAGGAUGAUGAUCAUUGGACUUUUGCUCAAUGUCUUUUCUCAGGGCGGUGUUACAGUAUCUGUGUCCUUAGAUUGUCUGGUGGCGGAACAGGGCUGUGUCCAGGAGCCGUCCUGCAAAGGCGUCUAUCGCCUGCUGGAGUACUGCGCGGCAGAGGAAGCCGUGUCGCCACUCGGUUCAGAUGCCCGCCUGGAGUGCCUGGAGGCCCAAAACUCACUGCAGGAUUAUCGCCCCCUUCAAGUCUGCAAGUGUCAGCGGGGCUCUCGCAGAGAGGAGCACUGCCUGAAGGUUUACUGGACUGUGAGAUUUGCAGCAUAUGAUGAGUAUGAAGUGUCCCCAUAUGAAGAGCUGAAGUUGAAUCUGGUGAGAAACAUAGAGGUAUCGCGUAUGGCCUCCAUUAUGGCAGCUUCCUCUGUUGUCGUGGACGGCCAGAACCAGUGUCUGAAGGCUGCUCAGGACUGCGGCCUGUAUGAGAAAUGUGGCUCCUUGCGUUCAGAGUAUGUGGUAGCUUGCACCAAGCGAGCAACAGCCACCGACAACAGCUGCAACCGCCAGAAAUGCCACAAAGCCCUGCGGCGCUUCCUGGAGCGUGUGCCAGAGGAGUACAGCUUUGCUCUGCUUUUCUGUCCCUGCUCUGACACUCUGUGUGGGGAGCGCCGGAGGAAAACCAUUGUGCCAUCAUGUUCGUUUGAGGAGAACGCAAGAGGGGAGGAAAGAGUAGGCAAGCCCAACUGCCUCAGCCUCCAGAACUACUGCUCCAGAGACGAGCUGUGUAGAUCCCGGUUUGCAGAUUUCCAACACAACUGUCAGCAGUCCUCUCUUUCUGCCUCUGGCUGUAUGCGAGAGAGCAGAGCCAUGUGCCUCAAGGCUUACACUGGACUCAUAGGAACCAUCAUGACUCCCAACUAUGUGAGCAACAGCAGCACGGAGGUGUCCCAGUGGUGCACAUGUGAAGGCAGCGGGAACGAACUGCAGGGCUGUCAACGCAUCCAAAAUCUCUUCAGCAACAACAUAUGUCUACGCAAUGCCAUCAGCUCCAUGGGAAUCUUGGCGCCUCCUCCGGUGGAACACACUCCAGUGCCAGUUUCUCAGCCCUCCCCUCGCGUCUUCCAGGAGAGGGUCCACGUUAGCGUCAACACGCUCCCUGAAUUCAACAGUAUGGAGGACAGUGACCAAGAGGAGGAACAAGAAGAGGGAGCAAAUGAGGAGUUCAAUGUCAUCCCACCAUACUCUGAGAAGGACUCCGACACUGAAUCAGGUGCCAGAGGGAGUCAGCGCGGAGAAGCUAGCCAAGUAGAGCUCGCUCUGCCAUUGCUGCUGCUGCCAGGCCUCUUCUUGAACUGGGAAUGCUGGAACGACUGAAGACUCGACUUUUCUUUCAGCUUAGAGUUUACAGUCGCUAUUGGUGUCGAAUUCAUUGCAGCCCUCACUGUGAAACACAGUCGACGGUUACGGAAAAGACAUGUAAAUGCCUCCAAAAACGUUUGUGUCCUAUUCCUUCGAACACUGUAAAAUAUCCCAACUUGUUUUUUUUUAAUUUCCUUUUAAGCAUUUAUAAGACAUUACUCAUCCUUCAGUUUAUUUGCUUAAGUGACCUUUCCUCAAUGUGAGUACAUGGGUGAAUUGCAAAGUACUGUUUGGGCAAAAGCUGCCUGUCCUUUAAAGUAAAAAAGUAAUACACAGUACUUCACAAAGAAGCUUAUCGCCCAGCGCUACGCUUUUACUCUCCGGAAAACCAUAACCAGUCUACUCGACUGCAAUGAGGUGGGAGCACAGCUUUUGAUUUCUAUUUCAUAACUCAUGUUGCAUCCAUUUCUCUGCUGCUCCUUUGGCUCUUCCUCUAUCUUCAUCAUGCUAAAAAAAACAAAAAACAAAACAAUAAUCCACUUCAUAACAAGCUAAUAAAAGAGGAAGCCACAUUUAAACCAUUUUGUGAAAAAUAAAAUAGGAUCUCUUAAAAAUUGCGUCAUUUGACAAGACAGGGAUGAGCUUCAAAAUGAUGUGCCGUCACGUUUUGUACGCUUAUUCUAACUCCACGCACCGAAAAUCAUGACAAAAGUCACUUUUGCUCUUUCUUUUUUUUUGUUAACACACCACUUAGCAUUAUUCCUCCUGCACCAAGCGGCUGAGAACUCGGGCGAAAGUAAUGAGAUCAAAUUCCAUUGUAGAAACGGUGUUGGGAGAAAAGCAAUAUAAGCAAUUACUGCACGAUUCAAAUUGCUCCCAUGCAGGGGGGAAAGUCUGGAGUAAAGCUCACGGGAGAGAAAAGCCAAUUUGCUGCUGUCAUGGCCUCUCACUUUUUUAUCCUUAGGAGAUCUAGUUUUAGUGCUCCUUCCCCAACAUGUACCUUAGAUGUUUUGAAAGCAAAAUGAAGUGAUAGGGAUGGACAUCGGAGGCUGAAGAGCCUGCUGGCUGCUCUCGUCACUGGCCAGCACAUUCAGCCAUUCUCUCUGCUUUAAAUGCUGAUGUUUUGCUGAUGUUAAUAGUUUUUCCUUUUAUGGCUCAUUUUCCUGUAAAAUUAAGGAGCUGCAGAUACAGAGGUGAAAGGAAGUUUUUAUAGAGAGAUAAACCCGUCUAAUUUCAAAACUUAGAACUAAACUAACUAACUAAACUGACUUCUGUAAAGAUUUUUGUUUUUGAACUCAGUAUUUGCAAUGGUUGAACUGAAAUUCACUUGUGAUGUCUCGGAUAAAGAGGAAAAGGCUGAAUGAGCCCGCAGCUUUUUUGAAGUGUACAGUAGUGUCUGGUCUUGUUUACUUGACAGGUUAUUAAAAUUAAGACUUAACUUUGGAUGCAAACUGAGAAGGACAGUUCUCAAAAAGCAGUUCUUCCCUGAAUCCAGCUCCAUCUUUCUUCACAUUUUCUAGAAGUCAACGUUAAACUUUAAUUGGAUUUUGUGAGUUUAGUAAAUACGACUUGACUGUUACAUGCUUCAGGGCAAAGUGACAUCAUUCUGUUUUUUUUGACCAUUCCUUGCUGAAAACAGCUGAGUGGAUGGACAACUCUUCAGUUUGCUAAAUUUUCAAAGUCCAAACCAGAAAAACUGAAAUACAACAUCAGACCGGGCAACAAAAGCUUGUUUGGUUUUAAUCAUGUGAUCAUGAGAGUUCUAAGUUAAAUAUGGUGGUGUAAUAGUUAACUAUUUACCAGCGUCAGAAGCUCAUGUAGGGUUGGUGUUCUCUGUUGCUCUCAGUAAUCCCAAGCAUGAAGUCAAAAGAUUUCUUUUUAGAUUCUUAAAGAUGUUUUAUAUCAGUUUAAUUUUAAUUCUCAUUUAAAGCCCUUUCUCAAUUUAAGUACACUAUUUUGGUCAGCUACUAACUUCGUAGGCCUAAAGCCCAUCCAGGUAAAUUAAGAGUAGAAAAUGCUGGAUUAUUGUAUUAUAUACUUCCACAUUAUAAUUGUAGUCCACUUAACACAAUCAGAUGCUUAAGAUUGUUCAAUUUUUGUUUUUCUUGACGUCGACCACAUUUUUGUCCGAACGAAGUUUCUGCUCUAACAGUUAAACUCUCAACUGUUUCUAGACAUCCGAAUCAACACACAUCUACAGUAAUCAAUAAUCUCAGACCUGCUAAUAUUUAGCUUUCACCCUAUUUUCCCCCCCGAAAUAUUUCGACAAAACUCAGAAAAUGUUUUGCUGCUUCACAAACACUGAAUAUCUUAAAAUCUAAAGACUAGUUUAUCAGCUAAACUUGACCCUGGUGUGGUCAUCCACCAAAGCCUUUCACUUGAAAUAUAAUGUCCUACCAAAUAUUCCACCCUGCAGUUCUUUGUGAUUGCACGUUAUAUUGUAACAUACACAAUCAAAUAUCCAGAAAAGAUGAUGUGAAAUGCCAAUAAGUACAGCGAUGACUAGUUAAAACCUAAUUUCAACUAAAGAAUUGUCAUUUUGUGCUGAGAAAAACAUUGAUGAAACGUGACCACCUAUCAGACAGAGAAGUGCAUCAGUCAAAACAGUUCCUUUUAUUAUGAAUAGCAACAUCAAAACAUCAAAUAUGGAUGACCUACACAGUUUUGCAAGCCAUGCACAAGCCAGUAGGCAAUUGUCUAAAUAAACAUAGCAUAACAACAGAAGAGUAAAGUCAGGAACUCUGAUCAGAAUCAGAAACUGAGUCUGAUAGACUCAGUUCGUUUGGGGACCAAGAUUGCAACAUUUGUUAAAUCGUCAGGUGGUGGUUUCACACUGCACUGUGCCAAACAAACCAAACUCUUUCAAAAACCUACUUACCCCCUCGCUUCUGUUGGCUCUACUCCAAGAACCACUGACGGAAACAACACAAAAAUGUCUGAAGAAGCCAUGAGCGCAAGUUCCUUCUUGAUGAAAAGUAAACAAAAAUGGAGUGGCGUCAAAUUUUAGCGGUUAUAGAGUUUCUCUUUUAAUUUUGGCAAAAGACUGAGUCAUUUUCCUACUAGCACUAUAAUUUUGACUCUUGAACGUGAGGAACUGGUAUCCACUCUAUUUUAGCCUUUUUGUCUUGUUUAUGAGCUUACAUAUAUUUUGUCAGUAAAUAGCUUUCGUUUAUAUUUGUAAACAUUAAUGUCCCAGAUUGGUUCUGUUUGUUGAGGGGUUUCAAAGAAGAAAAACUCUACAUUUAUAGAAUCUAAAUCUUACAAGAACUAUGUAAAUACCUACCAAAUUAGACAGUUUGUAGUUUAUAUCAUAAGAGUAGUAAGACCAUGUACAUCACUGUUUCACAUGCUAAAGUUAUUGUAAAAACAUAUCAAACAUAGCAGAUGUUUCUGUGUAUUUCCUGUAAUGUUGUGCCAUAGAAAAAAAAGUAUGUCAGUUUGUUUACAGAAUAAAAAGUCUCAUUAAAAUGUGUUCUUAUCUAACACA